ACCUAAAACCCUAAACCCCAUCCUCCUGGUUCUGUGAUUGUUUAACAAUAUAACGAUAACGAUAACGACUACCGAACUGGAAGAUCAGUGAAAUUUUGAGGGAAGAAGAAGAGAAUGGUAAUGAUUGUUACCCGUUUUGCAUUGAUGCUGCAUCUCCAAAACCCACCAAUUCGGUUGCACUUGUUCUCCCACUUCAACAAUGCUCGCACCUUGUUUCUCACACCUACCUCGCCUUCUCUAUUCAAAACGCGCCCCUUUCCACGCCAAACGCAAUCAAGAGCCUUUGUAAGCGCUCUUGCAUCAUCAUCACAAGAUUCCAAUGGCAGAGACACUUUCUUCGCAGAAGAAACCGUUUCGUGGAGCUCACUCGGUCUCUCUAAUGCCAUUUCUGGAGCACUCUCUAACGUUGGCCUCAACAGACCCUCUCUCGUUCAGGCCUCUUCUAUACCAUCUGUGCUGUCAGGGAAGGAUGUGAUUAUUGCAGCGGAGACUGGGAGUGGUAAGACAUACAGUUACCUAGUUCCUCUAAUUGAUAAGCUACGUGAGAGCCAUGAUCAUUCUCUAUACGCUGUGUCUGAUCAAGAAGUAUCUCCACCACAGAAAGUUCUGCUUGUUCUUUGUCCAAAUGUGCAACUGUGUGAGCAGGUAGUUAGGAUGGCUAGCAGUCUCUGUAAAGACAAUGGUGAGACGAUAGUUAGUGUGGCAGCCAUUUGUGGCAGACAGGGAUGGCCAAUUCGGGAACCUGAUAUCAUUGUGACAACUCCCGCUGCCCUUCUGAAUUAUGUUGACCUUGAAAGAACCCGCCGCAUGGAAUUUAUGCGUGGUGUUAAAUAUGUGGUGUUUGAUGAAGCUGAUAUGCUUCUCUGUGGGAGCUUCCAGAAUAAAGUAAUCCGCCUGAUAAAUUUGCUCCGCUUUGAUGAAAAAUUUUUGUCUCGUUCAAAGGAAUCAGUUGAAGAGUUGCCAAUGAAACAGGGAUCUUCCUUGUCAUCAGAAGAUGCUUUUGAAGGUGAAGAGGAACUUCAAACUGAAGCCACCUCAGACGAGGAUGACAAUACUUAUGAGGAUAUUGUUGAUAAUACUAACGAAGCUGUAUCUGCUAAACAAAGAGACUGGAGGAGAGUGAGGAAAAAUUAUAAGCGUAGUAAACAGUAUAUUUUUGUUGCAGCUACACUUCCAGUGAAUGGAAAGAAAACAGCUGGAGGGACAUUGAAACAUAUGUUUCCUGAUGCUAAGUGGGUUUGUGGAAACUAUCUCCAUUGUCACAAUCCAAGAUUGGAGCAAAAAUGGAUAGAAGUUACAGUUGAUACUCAAGUGGAUGAACUCAUAAAGGCUGUGAAUCACAGUUUCAGAUCUGAAGAUUUGGAUAAUGCUGGUGGCAUUCACAGAACAAUGGUGUUUGCCAAUACUGUCGAGGCCGUUGAAGCUGUGGCAAAGAUAUUGCUCCGAUCUGGGAUUGAAUGUUUACGUUAUCAUAAGAAUUGCACAUUGGAAGAGCGAGCACAGACCUUAGUUGAUUUUCAUGAGAAAGGUGGUGUUCUUGUAUGUACUGAUGCUGCUGCUCGCGGUGUUGAUAUUCCAAACGUCUUGCAUGUUAUUCAGGCAGAUUUUGCUACUUCUGCUGUAGACUUCUUGCAUAGGGUUGGUCGUACAGCUAGAGCUGGUCAAAUUGGACUUGUUACUAGCAUGUACACUGAAUCCAACAGGGAGCUUGUUGAUGCAGUUCGUCGGGCAGGGGAACUUGGUCAACCUGUGGAAACUGCAUUUAGCCGGAAAAGAAGCUUCCGAAACAAGCUCAAGAAGAGGGGUACUAACAAAGUCAGGGAUUCAGCGACUAUUAAAAAGAGUUUUGUAGCAUGAGAAUGCAUGGUUACGUGAUACUUAGCAUCUAAAGCAGCAUGCGCCAAUGACAACGUGAUCAAAUCAAAUAAUUAUUUGCCAUUGCUUCGAAGGGAUUUAGCCGUUACACCCACAUGCCUCAGUUAAUGGCACACAUGUAACGAGUCCUUCCACUUCUUGGGAUCAUGUAAUUACCGUGAAGCCAUCCACCAUGAGAGUUGAUUAAUACUGGGUUCUGUUAUUGAUAUUCUUUUUGUGGGUUUAAUGAGUUAGAGAGUCGCUUACCCAAUGGCAAUCAUCUUUGACUGUAUCUAGCAAAAAGUAACGUGCUUGUGUCUGCAUACGUGCGCUAAUUAAGUUCGUAGUGGAAGUGGUUGCUUAUGGUGGGAAACGUUUUCUGGGGCAGUUAGUUGAUUCCUAUAAUUUUGUUCAUGUAAAUUGAGCGAGUGCUUUGCUCUCAAUUUUUAUUCCUCGUUACUUGUAUUUGCAACUUGAAAUUCUAAGCAUCAAGAUCUAUCAAACAAAGACCAUUUUAUAUG